UAAACCUUGUUAGUGCCUUAUAAUUAAUUGUAAAGGAACAUUGGUGUGAGCCUUUCGAGAAUCUCAAUUCUCAAUUGUCAAUGAUGGGAUUCUCGUUUGCAGUUUCAUUUGGUUCCGAUAUUGUGCUGCUCACAAGAACCACUCACCAAACCAGAUUAAUCAACUUCACAGCAACACACCACAACAACAACAACAAAACCCUUGCUUUCAACUUCUCUAACCAUAAUAAACCCACUCCUUACACACCAAUUUUCGCAUCAAAGCAUGAAUCCAUUCAAUUUGAUGAGAGGAAGAGCCCAAAUGAGGUUAAAGAAGAGAUCAAACAAUGUUAUCAACUCAUAAACAGAUUAGGAAGAGGAGUUGUGUAUCUGGGUUCUUCUAGAAUGGACUCCACCCAUUCGCAUUAUCUACAAGCACAAGAAUUAGCUAAAGAGAUAGCAAGUCUUUUGGAAUGCACUACAUGGUCGGGGGCUGGACCGGGACUAAUGGAUGCUGUUACUCAAGGUGCUAUGCAGGCAGGGAAACCUGUUGGUGGAUUCAAGAUAGGAAGAGAAGCCGGGGAAUGGACAGCAUCCAACUUUCAUCCGUACUUACCAUCCGAAAACUACCUUACCUGCAGGUUUUUCUCUGCAAGGAAGCACGGGCUGGUCGAUGCUGUCGUGAGGAACAAUUCAUUUGAUAAAACUGCUGUUAUUGCCCUUCCUGGUGGGAUUGGUACUCUAGACGAGAUGUUCGAGAUGCUGGCAUUAAUUCAACUAGAACGAAUUGGAUCAAAGCACCCUGUUCCCUUCCUGUUGAUGAACUACGAUUCGUUUUAUUCAAAACUUCUGGACUUUUUAGAUGUUUGUGAGAAUUGGGGAACUGUCUCUAAAGGAGAGGUUGCAUCAUUGUGGAAGGUUUGUAAUAGCAACUCAGAAGCUUUGACUUACCUUGCAGAUUUCUACCGCAUUUCUUCCGGUGAUACAAGUCAGAAGAAUGAAACUAAAUUGCAUAGUACACAUGAUUAGUCCCUUGAUAAGAAUUUUGCUUUUAUUUUCCCCUUGAAUAAUACUAAGUAAUUAUUAUGUCUCAACUAAGCUUGAAAGUUGAAAGGACAAUGUCCGAAAAAUCUAAUGAGUGUAUCUUAUUUGUUAAAAAAAUAUGAGGUUUUUCCUCUA